AACGUGGCGGUGCAAUCGCGAUUAUACAUUUUUUAUAAUAUAUACAUGAAAGUAUAUCAUUGUCGUAUAGUGCGAGAGCUGAUCGCGCAGUGUAUUUGUGUUUCGUGUAUAGAUGCAUAAAUGUGUUGAUUCGCUCGUUAAAAAUUCAGAAUUUAAAGGCUCCGACGAGAAAAUUGGCACCUCGGUACUUUCACCCUCGAUACAAAAGAAACUAUAUAACCCAUCCUUUCCUCUGAGUAAGUAAAUUGGAAAACGAAGCUCAUGAACCUGCGUUUUUAGGUUAAACGAGCGAUCGGGCCUCGGGAAAUGACUCACGGUUAAUUCACGUAGAGAGAUCCGUGAGAACACGUGGAUGCUCUGCUUUACGAGAGACGCAUGUUGCAAGUUGUCGAUCGACGUUCGUUUGGCAUUCCUCGGAUUCCAUCGACUGUUACGGCGUGAAUUCGUCGAGGCUCCAUGCUGCGAAUAUCAUGUAACAUCAUCUUCUGAGCCAUAGACUCUCGACCAGGCGAAUUCUUCGACACAUUCGAGCUGAAAUUAAAUCAGGCUAUGUAAGACACGUAACUAGAUUAUGACAACGAUGGAUUCUGAUUCCGAGAGCCAGGACAGUGAUGACGGACGACGGUUUCGUUUUGAGGCUACACGCAAGGAUUCAGUUGCACCUGUAGAUACUGAAGAUCGAACAAGGAAGUCCAAGCACAAGUCAUCCCAUUGCGAGAAUAGCAGACACUAUCGAACAGACAGGAAAGAACGAUCGAAGCACGAGAGCGGUAGGAAUAUGGACGACAAGGAUCUCAGAUAUUCCACGAAGCAUUCGAAGUAUGAGAGGAGUUCGAGACAGGAGGAUGGCAGAAAUUCGCACAAGGACUACCGCGAAAGCAGGGACACGUCCGCUGGAUCCGCUGCGAACGACAAGAGUUACAGGAAUUCCAACGAGGGUGACGUGAGGGAAAAAAUUUCGCGGGACUUGAAACGCCAAUCGGACAGAGAUCGAAGUGUCCAUCAAAUGCGACAAUCCCGGGAACAUUCGUACGAAAGGAAUCAUCACAACGAACGAGCGGCCAGCGACAAGCACAGGAGUCGACAUCAUGAAAGGCACAAGCAUCAUUCUUCUCGUGACAGAAGUCGGGACAGAUCCCAUCAAUCAAGUAGACUGAUCAAGUCCUCGAACGGCGACUAUCGAUUCCGAGAGGAUCAGGGAAGACAUGACGCCUCUAAGAAGACAUCGGUGAAAGAAAACAAGUCGCAAAAUUCGAGAGACUAUCCUAAGAAUGUCGAACGACAUCGUGGCUACAGCGAGGCUCGUUUGAACGAGAAUAUCAAAGAGGAUUCGUCGAUAGAGACUCAAGACUGCAAGGACUUGGAUCUGUCGCAGUUCGACGUUCUGUCAGAGACUGGCGAGAAUGUAUCCGAUUGCCGGGAUUCGGGGAGUCGAGCGUCGUCUCCGUGUCCACGUAAGACAAAACUGAAGAGGCACGAUUCCGAAGAUCGGUCCGAAAAUCGCGCGAGAACGAAACGAGAGAACGAUGACGGCGAUGAAGCGAAUGGAGGAAAACGGCAGGAACAAUUAAAGGUAAAACGAAGGAACUUAGACCCGGCGUCUGGUUCCACUAAUAAUAAUCCUAGUGCCGUUUCAGAUUCCUUACUCAGUUCCGCAUCGUCCGCGACGUUCUUGGUAACGAAAGAAACUCGUAUGGAUUCUGCGAGAAAAAAGGCACAUUAUGAAGAGGAGAGAAUGAUGAUUAAUCCUGACAGUGGCGAAUUCUCGAAUUUGGAAGAGAAAUAUUCGCAACGCGUCGAUUCUUUAGAUGAAACACAACUGUUGGAGAAGGAUACGAAAGAAACCGAAUCCGUGUACGGCCCAGUUUUGCCACCAAAAUUAACAUCUAACACUGGUAUCGCCAGCGGUGACAAACUUGAGAAGACAUCGUCGACUAAUCUUGAUGAAAAUGAAAUCGAUGACGACAAGAGCGCGAGUUUUAUCGGACCUAGUUUACCACCUCGAUUAAACAACGAUCGUCAAAACGGAAAGCCAGAAGACUCUGUUACAAUGGAAACCGACGUUUUUGGACCAGCACUGCCACCACAUUUGCUACAACGACAACAGAACGAAAAUGAUUCGCGAGAUAAAAUUAUAGGACCUGUAUUACCUGACACUAUAAAAUCACAUAAAGAAGCUUCGAACGAGUCAUCCGACGAUGAUUGUACGAUAGGGCCUUUGCCUGUCGAUCAUCCAGCUUUGAAAAGUAGUCGCGUGCACGAACAAUUAGAUUUGAGGGCGCAAAAAAUUAGAUACGAAGGAUAUUUAGAUGAGGCUGAUCUUGGAAAUAAACGCGAGGAAUGGAUGACCGAGUUACCACCGGCGCAAGCUGUUAAUCUUGGAUUGGGUCCUCGUAAAUUCAGACUUCGAGAUGGGCCGGAUAUGUCAGAUAGAUCAUGUUGGACUGAUACCCCUGCACAAAAAGCUCAGAAACAGAAAGACUUGGAGGCAAAGAGAUUCAAAGAAUCAGAUGUAGAACAUGUGAAAGAAUUUCAUAAAAAAGAAACAAAUGAAAAAAGAAAGUCUGAAAAAUCGCUAUUAGAGAUACAUCAAAGCAAAAUCGCCAAGAAAAAGAAGAAAGAAGAAAAAGAGGCAAAACGGAUUGGAAUAUCAGCGAGAAGGCCAUUUGAUAGAGAUAUUGAUUUGCAAGUUAAUCGAUUUGAUCAAGCGCAAAAGAAAACUAUUGUGAUGAAGGCACAAUUACUUGACGAUAGAUUUUCACGUGGACAAAUUUAAUGGAUUUAGAUGAUCAUGGAUUUGGAUUAUCAAAUAAAAAUAAAAUUAUGAUAAGUGUAAAUAAUCGUUAUUAAUGAAAUUAGAUUCUGUAAUUAAGUACAUUUUCAGAAAUUGACAGAUAUUGAGUGAUUGUUACAGAUUGGUGCCUUGAAUUAGUAGAGUUCUUAUCAUCUUUAUUGAUCGAUCUUACGAAAGCGUUUUAACGGAAUGUGCACUUUAGCCUAGUUAUUCGUAUUUUCGUAUCGUGAUCUUUUAUAAUUUAGAAUAGAUAUCCAAGUAGAAUUAAUUGUGCCUAAAUUUUAUUUCUAAUUUUAAUUUCACAAAAUACGCUUAUUUCGUCUACACUCUUUCAGAAACGAAUAUGUCAGAGAAAUAUUAUUGUAUAUUUAAUUACUUAUUAGAUUAUUAAUCGAACUAACUAUUUUAGUUCAAGUUUUGGAGUGUCUGAUUUUUUUGCGAAUUAUAUUUCGUAAUGCAAUACGACGAAAUGUAUAAAUUGCAAUUGAACGAUAUCUUUUAUAAAUAGCGUUCAUUACAUGUCCAUAUUUUGUAUAUAGUAUUGUUCUUAUGCUGUACCAUAAGAAUAAUGCGAAAAAUAACAAUAACAUUUAUGUAGCAAUAACAACGAGUGUAAUAAUGAUGAAUUUUGGUGCAUGUGUUAAGUGGAUACGUCGCCCUCGCUGUAUCUGUUUGUCACAUGUAUUUUCUAUAAGACAGUACAAAAUAGUGUGAUACUUAGCACUGCUGAUAUGUAAUCUCAUAAUACAUAUGAUGGCGAAUAUGAACAACUAUGUUAUGUGCGUAUGUUUAGUUUGUAUUUGAUACUUUCUCGAGUGUGUAUGUGUGUGUGUGUAUGAGUGUGUGUACAAGCCUGUGCAAAUGAAAUACACCUUACUGAUUCACAUACACUCUCUCGAUGGUACAUUUUACAUUUUCAGAAAGCUGCAAUUAAUAUCUUUGUAUUUCUGAAAUAAUUUUAUUCCGUUAAUAUUAUUAAUUGACAAAAUAAAAAUAAUAAGUAAUGUAUGUACGUUUGAAAGUUGAGAAAAGAACUGAAACUCGGCAUCCAGAAGUAAAAUUUUGAAACUUUGUUAGCGUAUUAAUCUGUGGAUCUGUCAUUGCACCUUUCUAUCACAAGAAAAAUAAAAUAUUGUGCGAUAUAUUAACAGCUGGACAUAUUUUAGUUCGAUUUCAAUAAUUAUUUAUUAUCUCUCGCUAAAAUUAUGUGAAUUUAUGAAUUUGUAUACACAAAAAUAAAUAUGUUGAUUAAAAAUC